CCAUCCACCCUUUAAAAAUAAUAAACAUUAAAAAGCUGUAUAAGAUUACAGAGAGUGACAAGAGAGAAAGAUUGAACCUCUUAAAAGAGCCCUGGAUUUUUCGAAGCUCCUUUCUAAGUUCUUCUGCGGCACCGACUGGGCUACUGUUUUAUGUGUCCUUUUUUCUUAUUCUCAUCUAUCCCCAAUUGUCACCGUUCAUAUCUGGUAACUUUGUCUUUCUUUCUCUCGCUUUAAUUCUGUUUAGUCUUAGACACACACACACACACACACACACACACACAUAUAUAUAUGUCUGUGAAAACAUUGAGAGGGUUUGCGAUGGUUUUGUCAGAGUAGUGAAUGUGUACAGGAAAACCCAUUUGGGCAAAUCCCAAGUUUGUGAAUAAAGAGAUCGAUUCGUUUUUCAAUUUGAAUUUUAUUUAUGGCUUUUGAUCAAACCCCAAUACCAAAUGAUCUAAGGCCAUUGAACAUAGCUAGAGCCAUGCCUGAAGAGCCCCGCAUUAUGGCUGCCAUGGCUAGUUCUAGUAGUAGUGCUGUCACCACGCCGGCAACAGCUGGUAGAAACCCAGAAUUCUUUUCCAAACCAGAAGGGUCUGUACCUUUUAUUUAUUCGGCAUCAGUGUCUGAUGCUGGUUUUGUAGGUUUAGGAUAUGGGAAUACUGUUCCUGGGGUUACCCCAUGGGCCCCACUCCUGCAGGUGCCGGUUGGGAGUGUGAAUGUGGGUGCAAAUGGUGCAGGUGUUGCGUUUGGUUAUAAUCCUAAUUUGGGGAACAGGAUAGUUGGUAGUGCUGUUGAUCAUGCUGGAAAUGAUAUGGUGUCAGGAUUUGGUUCUUCACCCAAUUUUGGGAAUCGGAUUAAUGUUAAUGAGAGCAAUGAGGCAGUAAAUAUAGGGUCAGCUUAUAACCCCAAUUUGGGGAGUUGUGGUAGUGGCAGCGGGGCUGACCAUGGGAGUGAAAAUGGUAAGGAUGAUUCGGUGUCGGGAAAGAAAGUAAAGUUUUUGUGUAGUUUUGGGGGGAAGAUUUUACCUAGACCAAGUGAUGGUAUGUUGAGAUAUGUUGGAGGGCAAACAAGGAUUAUUAGUGUGAGGAGAGAUGUGAGCUUUAAUGAGCUACAGCGGAAGAUGAUGGACACAUAUCAGCAGCCUGUUGUCAUUAAAUACCAGCUUCCUGAUGAGGAUCUUGAUGCACUAGUGUCUGUUUCAUGUGCUGAUGAUCUUGAUAAUAUGAUGGAGGAAUAUGAGAAGUUGGUUGAGAGGUCUUUGGAUGGGUCAGCUAAGUUAAGGGUGUUUUUAUUUUCAGAUUUACAGCUUGAUGCUUCUGGUUCGGUCCAAUUUGGGGAUUUACAUGAUAGUGGGCAGAAAUAUUUUGACGCAGUAAAUGGGGUUGUGGAUUGUGGUCGUCGUCGUAUCGCUAGGAAGGAGAGCAUGGCAAGUGUAAGUUCAACACAAAACUCUGAUUUUAGCGGGACUGAGGCCGUUGAUUGCCCAGGUCCUGGUCAAGGGGAUGUGACCUGGCCACCAUCUACCAGCCUGUUAUCCCCUAGGGAUAAUUCUGCAACUUCUCAUGAUUCUACUCCAAAAUUAGCCAUUGCAGAUACUAAACCCCCACCUUAUGCUGGUGCAUCUGCUGUUUCUUUGGUAAUUCCAACGGCUAAGUCUGGUCCUCUGCAGACUGCAUGUUCUCAGACUGAGGUUGAAUUUGAGAGGUCUGUUCCUUUUACUGAAAAACAGCAGCAUAUGGCCCACGAUUUCAAGCAAGUUGGAUCAGGCAUUCCACCACAUGCUCCUCAGAUGCAGUUUUAUGUAGAUCCUAAUCAAGAAAUUACAAAUCAUGCAGAUUAUAGGCACCUUCCUCCCCAAAUGGGUUUUCCAAAUAACCAUCUGCUGGGAACUUCUGGGUCUGUACUCACCCAACAGCAUUUUCAUGAGAGUAAUGCAGUUGCUACUUCUCGUCAAUAUGUUCCUGCAGUGCAUAUGACUAUGACAUCCACACCUGUGAGGCCAACUGUUGUUCAACCAUUGACACAACCCCUAAAAACUCGAUUGGAGCACUAUCCUGAAGAAAAUGCAUUUGGAUCAAGGAUUGUUCAGGUUCCUGUUGACCCAAGCUACAAUGUGUAUCGGGCUCAACUCCCUCAUGCAGUUGUUGGAGGAGGCUAUGGCUGGGCCCAAGUUCCUCAGCCAGAGCAUGUUGCCUUCUCUGAUGGGUCAGUGUCUCAUCAACAGGUAAUUUUCCCUGAGAAAGUUCCAAGAAUGGAGGACUGUUAUAUGUGUCAGAAAGCACUGCCUCAUGCACAUUCUGAUCCUUUGGUACAGGACCCAAGAGAAUCUGGAAUGAUCUAUACAAACUCACUUCGUCAUAGUCUUCUCUUAGAAGAUACUAUGAAAGCCCGGCCCAUGGACAGGGUUUUGAUAACUGGUGCCUUGGGAGAACACAUUAUUGAACAAGGUGCUGGUGCUCAACCUGCAGUUCUUGGUCAUAUGGAUCAUCAUAUUGGAAUGCCACAGUCAGAAGCAAUUGUGCCCCCUCAGAAUCUUGAGUCCCGUCAUGAAAAUGAGAGAACUUUCUUGAAUACUGACAAUUCUGAUCAGUCUAAGAUUUCAGCUCCCUAUGGCAUGAUAGGUUUACCAGGUGAUGGACAGUCUCCUUGUGGCAUGUUCGCAGGUGGAAUUCCUGAGUCUCACAUGGAUGAUUAUGUCCAGCAACAUUCAGUGCCAAUGCAACCCCAGAUUUUACUGAGUAAAACUGCUAAUACUGAUGUCUCUCAUGCUGCUGGUGUACCUAUUCAAGCUUCUGAACAACUAGUUCAUGAAUCUCCGAAAGAGUGCACUGGCAAGCUUCCUGGUGUUGUUUCCAAAGAAGAUGCUGUAGAUUCUUACAUAUCUUAUGACCAGCUGAGAUUAGUUGAUGGGAUGAUGGAAGCUCUCCACACACGCCCCCCUGAAAUUAAUGUUAACAAUGAUCAGAAAAAGUCACUUGUUGAUAAAUUUAGAAAGGAAGAAAUCUUAGAUCAUAGAACCCAGAAAAUUGCUGGGAGGGAGGUUCUUCUAGAUAAUACCCUUAGCAAACCUCAGGUGGUUCUCAAGUCAAAUCAUAUUAAGCAGUUUAAAGUGUUACCUACUUCUACAGGGGUUUCUUACAUACAUAUUUCCCGACCAAUGGAAUUACAUGAGGUUGCACAACCACCUAUUGUGGUUAAUAAAGCAUCACAUCCUCAAUUUAAGAUUGGGAUUCCUGCCAUGGAUUCUGCUGAAGUUAGUUAUGGGAUCCCUGCAUACUCUGGUGUGGAGCCAGUCUAUAUGAAUGACAGAAUCCCACCUGUUGUUGAAUGGAAGAAUGAUUCACAAUUGCAUUCAAAGGUUGUCCCUAGUGAUGUGGAAGCUUUAUCCUCAACUGGUAAUACACUAUCUUCCCUAUCACCAUCUAGUGGUGUAGGCAAUGCUCAGGACUCCUCAAACUCACUCUUCAGCAGCCAGGAUCCUUGGAACUCAAGGCAUGAUGAUCAUUUUCCUCAACCUAGACCUAGCAAGAUUGCUACAAAAAAAGAAGUCUUUGGUACUAGGGAUCCUUUCAUUGAGAACCAUUCUGGUGAGGUGAACUUAAUCACAGGUGUGAUGGUGGAGGAUGGAGUUCCCAAGCCCCUGACUAAUUCAAACAAGGAUUUAGAGUGUGUUCAAUCAUCCAAAGGUUCAGCUGAGGAACUCAUCAGGAAAGAACUCAAGGCUGUCGCCGAGGGUGUAGCUGCUUCUGUUUUCCAGUCAGCUAAUUCUAAUCCAGAACCAACAGUGUCAGAAAGCGGUGAAUCAGCUUAUGAACCAAAUCUAGAAAAAGAAGUUUCAAAUGAAGGUUUAGAAAUAAAGCAAAAGGCUAAAUUUGAGGACAUGAAGAAAAAAGUGCCUGAAAAGGUGAAUUUUGGUUUUCCAGUAUCAGAAGGCCUUGGUUGCUUGCAGAUUAUAAAGAACAGUGACCUUGAACAGCUGCGGGAAUUGGGUUCUGGCACCUUUGGCACCGUUUAUCAUGGAAAGUGGAGGGGUACUGAUGUCGCAAUCAAACGAAUUAAUGAUAGGUGUUUCGCUGGAAAACCUUCUGAACAAGAACGCAUGAGAGAUGACUUCUGGAAUGAGGCAAUUAAGCUUGCUGAUUUGCACCAUCCAAAUGUGGUUGCCUUUUAUGGUGUUGUUCUUGAUGGCCCUGGAGGUUCUGUGGCGACAGUGACAGAGUACAUGGUUAAUGGUUCUUUAAGAAAUGCUUUGCAGAAGAAUGAGAGGAGCCUUGACAAGCGUAAGCGUCUCAUGAUUGCCAUGGAUGUGGCCUUUGGAAUGGAAUACUUGCAUGGGAAGAAUAUUGUGCACUUUGAUUUGAAGAGUGACAAUUUACUUGUUAAUCUUCGAGAUCCUCACCGGCCAAUAUGCAAGGUCGGUGAUUUGGGCCUGUCGAAGGUGAAAUGCCAAACACUUAUCUCUGGUGGUGUGCGGGGAACACUUCCAUGGAUGGCACCGGAGCUUCUGAAUGGAAGCAGCAGUCUUGUCUCUGAGAAGGUCGAUGUGUUCUCAUUUGGUAUGGUGUUGUGGGAACUUCUAACUGGUGAAGAGCCAUACGCAGACUUGCACUAUGGGGCUAUUAUAGGUGGUAUUGUGAGCAAUACCUUGCGGCCACCAGUGCCGGAGAAUUGUGACCCAGACUGGAGAUCAUUGAUGGAGAGAUGCUGGUCUGCUGAGCCAUCAGACAGACCUAACUUCACUGAAAUUGCAAAUGAGUUGCGUGCAAUGGCAGCAAAGAUUCCUUCCAAAGGGCAAACCCCAUAGCAGUAGCCCCCUCAAUACAUUCCCAGGUUUAAACAAUGAUUUCAGCAUCACAAGAACAUGGGCUGAAUUGUCUGCGCAAGUCUUCACCACCUCAACACUGAUGCUGGGUGCAUGCAACGGUAUCAUUUUUACGAAAGUCGAUAAUAACUAUUGUUAUUACCGUGGCCUAGCGUAAGUUUUUUUGAUUGGCAUGAGGAGUUUAACUCGGAGCAAGAAACCAAGUGUGUGGGUAGAGUUCGAAGUGUUAGCUGUGCUUUAGUUGGAUGCCUGAUGGGUUGAGUUUGUACAAAAAGCUUUCAAUAGCAUCUUCCUGAA